AUGGGAACUACUGAACUGCCAAGGACAGGGAAGGCCACAACAAGUUCUGAUGUGUAUGCCUUUGAGGCCCUAUUGCUUGAGGUUGUAUGUGGAAGAAGGCCAAUUGAGCCUAAGGCAGGGCCUGAAGAGUUGGUAUUGGUGGAUUGGGUGGGGGAGAAGUGGAGAGAGAAGAGAAUUCUUGAUGUGGUGGACAUUAAAUUGAAAGGUGAAUUUGAAGAGAAAGAAGUUGUGAUGGUGUUGAAGUUGGGACUAAUGUGUUCAAGCAAUGCGCCAUUGACACGGCCUAGCAUGAGGCAGGUGGUGAUUUACUUGGAAGGCGAGGCUGUGGUUCCAGAGGUGUUAAGGCCAGCUAGUGCAUAUGAUGGAGACAUAGGGGAUGGUGGUGAUCAGGAAGGGCAUGAUGAUUUUCUUCAUUCAUUGGAGAAGACGACGAGGCCGUAUUCAUUCAUGGCAAAUGGAGAUGUUGAUGCUAGUUUUGCUUCUGUUUCCAUUUCCCCUCGUCCACUUCUCUAUAACAAAGGUGUUGUGAUCGUGCAGCAAUUAUGGUGA